AUGGUGGUUUGGAUGAGGCAUGGAUUUUUCGGGAACAUCACGAAGAAUUAUGGACAUAACAACACAAUUUUACUGAAGUCAUGGAUCAACACAAGAAACAGGAUCUGCAGAGUGAGCCAACAGCAACAGGUCGAUCGCUGCAUAUUAAAUAGAUACGCGGAAUGCAAAAAAUUUUUACGAGAAAACCACGAUGUCUUCGUCACGAAGGCUGACAAGGGUCAGGUCACUGUUAUUAUGGACAGGGAUGAAUACUUGACAAAAAUGACUAAUUUACUUAAAGACGAGUUAACGUACAAAAAAUUAAAGAAAGAUCCUAUUAGACAAAUCUCCUUGAAAUUAAAUGAACUUGUCAGAUCGUGGCGAGACAGUGGUAUUAUCGAGGACACGGACUACAAGUGUUUAAAUUGCACCAACGGUAAUCUCCCACGUUGUUACGGGCUGCCAAAGAUCCAUAAAAAUGGUUUUCCCCUACGGAUUAUUGUUUCGGCUUUGGGAAGUCCCUUAUAUAACGUAGCGUCCUUUCUCCACAGUAUCUUGCAUCACUCUAUUCGCCCACCUAAGUCUCACAUCAAGGACAGUUGGUCCUUUGUAAGAGAAAUCAAUGACAUUGAGAUUAAUACUGAUGAGGUACUCGUUUCCCUCGAUGUAACGGCUUUUUUCACCAACAUCCCGAAGGAGUUAGUUCUCAGAGGAAUAGAAAAACGUUGGCAGGAUAUCUCUGGUAACACGAAGCUUAAUUUGCCGCAAUUUUUGCAUGCUAUUGAGCUGGUACUGGGAUCUACGAGUUUCAGUUUUAAUGGUGACACAUAUGAACAGAUCUUUGGCAGUCCGAUGGGAUCUCCGCUUUCACCAAUAUUAGCGGAUAUUGUGAUGGAGGAUUUAGAGACUCACUGUCUUGCUAUGCUUAAUUUUUCUCUGUCGUUUUUCCGCCGUUAUGUCGAUGAUGUUAUUGCCGUAAUUCCUAAGGAUAAAAUUGGGGAUGUCCUUGACGCGUUUAAUAACUAUCACCCCCGUUUAAAAUUUACUCACGAAUUGGAG